CUUAUAUUUCACGGGAAGCUAUUACCCGAGGCACCGCUUCAGUAAACAUAAUAGUCCAACUUUCAAACGGAAGUGCAUGGAAUAUCUACUCAGUUCACCAACUUUUCCCGUUGUAUCUCUGCUGGUUGUACACUUUGUAGCAGAGAGCCAUGGUGGCGCCGCGUGUGACAGCCCCUAUAUAAACAACGGGAGGCCAGUUGAUAUACCAGAAGAGGAGUAUGCUAAGUACUGCUGCAAGGCGAAUAAAUACAGCACUUGGACCUCAACCUCCCGGUUCGACUGUGCCGCGGAAGGAGGAUGCUGCGGGGACGCCGACAAGCAGUACUGCUGUGAUCGAGACAAAUUUGCUCUUCAGCUGGGUUUAGGCAUAACAGCGGGUGUCCUUGUGAUUUUGGCUAUUAUCGCUGUCAGCGUGUUCUGCUGUGUGAAGUCGUUCUACACUGAGCUUGGCAAGGAGAUCUACUGCCAUUCAUGUUGCAGAUGCAAAACUCGAAACAAGCAGUCAAGCCAAUCAUGGAACGACUUCACCUACCCUUCGGACAACACCGGGAGUGCGCCCAGGAUCGGCAGAACCAGUGCCAGUAUUUCCUCCACCCGUGAACACCACACCAGGCCUAUAUCUACAAUAUCUCUGACCCCAACAGCACCCCCUAAAUAUGUUCCAGAGGUGGAUCCAGAUGCCCCACCGCCGUCCUACUCAGAGGUUAUAAGAAAUCCGCACGUAUUCCCGAGGACGGAAAAAGGCGACGCCACGACGUGUGUGUGAGCGUUUACAGCCCUUUCGUCCAUCUUUUAGAGACUCACUAUGCCUGGGUUGUCUUACCAUGCAUUGGUGGUUUCUCCAUGGCUUAGUGUAAUCCGUGUCGUCAUGGACCCGCAUAAUCUUUUUAAGAGACACGAUCAAUGGGCAUAAUUAAUUGGGAGAGCGAAUGAUAGUAUACCUGGGUUGUCUAAUUUACCUGUUUGUUUGUUUUUAAAUAAAAUAGACGAAGCAGGUUGAUACCACAUGAGCACAGGGGACCAGGGUGGUCAUAGAUGUCGUCAUAGUCCGUGUGCUCUCUGUGAUAGUUCCUCGUGCAUCCGUUUUAGCGCUUGCAGACUCCACCCAAGACUUCGGUCGGCCAAACAAUGCGGAAAAUAACAAAUGGUGAUCUUUAACUUUUCCAUGUUCUGUUCCUGAGAACACACUCAUUUAAUUAAAUAAAAACCGAUUUCUAAGAAGUGUCAAGAAAAUUGCUAAUGGGUUUAUUUUCAUGAGGAUUUAAAAUUCUUGGGGCGGGGAGGGGAUUUUUGCGAAAUCAACGUGUAGUUUUUCCUGUCUCUGCUUUAAAACAUAUAAUUUUUGCUCUAAAGGCCAAACAAUUUAUAAUUUUUCACAACAUUGUUUAGGACAUGCAGCAUGAUCAGCGAUCGUUUUAUGUUAAACCUGAGACAAAAUUAUUCUUUAUUGCCUUAGCAUUGCUAGGAUCAAACUGACUUGUUGAUUUGUUUUGUAAUCACGAGAUACAUAGAGGUUAUCACGCGAGUGUGUUUUGGGGAUGGUAAAUAUCCUGUAAUAGGAAUCAACAUUGUAUUUAGCGAGCCUUGGCUUGAAUAAAAAACAAGCAAUAUUAUGUGCAACAAUCUUAUUUACACUUGUGUGUCACGUCUGUUUAGAUACUACUUAAAAUUAUAACAAGUCAUCGUUUAGUCCAAAGGUUCUUUACCUCAGUAAUGAGGGGUUACAUGCGUGUGUACAUACGCCAGUCAUGUGCUCUGGUGACUGGUACCUGCCAAAAUAUAGAUUACUUAAAAGUUGGAAUUACAUUGGAAAUAGGUCUAAGAUGUUGAAGCGGAAUAUGAUUGGAUAACGUUCUACAGAUAUCGUCAUCAUCAUCAAUAACGUUACUUGAACCAUAUGGAAAACCAAAUAAGCCUAAGACAUAUCGUAUUUUUUCACAUUGAUGUUCGUGUUAUGUUAUGAAUUAUUCCCCUUCAAUGAAAAAAAAGUUUUGUAUGAGUGAGUGAAUGUGAAGGAUAGUAAUGCGUGACGCGUUGUGAACACGUUUGCAGCUAUUCAAGUGAAGGCAGUUGUAGGAAUAUGUGGUUUUGUACAUAUCAAGAGGGUUAAGAACAGGAAGCAAUAACACUUUUGCAAAGAAAACCGUUGUCACGACGUCUCAAAGAUUUGUUAAAUCAUUUUUUUCACAUGACAAGAUUCGCAAAAAUGAUUACUGUUUUUUUUUUCGGAUUAAUCUAUAUUCCCUUUAAGGAAAAUGUUUAACGAAUGCAUAUGAAGUCUUUUUAUUUAUAUGAACCUCUACAUUCCAUGUGAUUUGAAUAAAUUUUCGAUAUAAUAUUAA